AGGCGAUGCGCGCGUUUAUUGAGUCUAAUUUCAAAUUAUUAGACAUAGACAGCGAUGGCGUUGUUGGUGUUAAAGAAUAUAGAUACAACUGCAUAUCAAGAGUUGCUAUUGAUGACAUUGCCCCCAUCGACAAGGCGUUUGAAACAUUACUGAACGAUGAGGAUAGAAAACGGGGUGGUCUUUCAUUAGACAGAUACAAAGAACUGUACGGCCAAUUUUUAGGCAAUACCGCUGAUAAUCACCCGGCAGUUAACCUAUUCGGCCCUUUAUAAAUAAUUCAAACUAAUUGUCUUCGCUGUUGUUCAACUACUACUUCAUUAAGUUAUAUUUGUAAUUACUAUGACUAUAAAUUUAAUACCAUGUAGAUAUAAUGCAUUCAUAUCAUUUUGUGUAGAAUCGUCAGAGAAGCAGUUCGUUAACAUUAAACUAAUUUUGUAAUUAGAUAUCUUAUUUGCUCUCAGAAGUUAAUCAUAGUGUAAAAAAUUAAUAUGCUCUCAAAAAAGGCUCUUAGGUAAAGUGCCCUUCUCUCGAAAUAUGUACGAUUUAUUCAAAUUGUUAUUGUGUUAUAUAAUUUUUGUUACAUUGCAAAUAAAUUAAGUAAACUAUAAAUGUUGAAUAUGCUUAUUAUGCAUUUCUCUAUA